AUGGGUAGUCACAUGAGCAAGAAGAUGCCUGAAACUCCUUCUACUGGCCUCGGCACCGAAUUGCACUACAAAACUGAGCUGAGUUCUUAUGAGGCUGCUUGCAAGCUUGAUUCUGAUUUGCAGUCCUUUGACACCACACUUCAAGCUAGAACAAAUGAGGUUAUCAAUACUCUCGCUGCUGGUGUUGAAGUUCGAGCGCUUUCAUUUGAUUCUCUGAAACAAGUCACGGAAUGCCUUCUGGAGAUGAACCAGGAAGUUGUGAAGGUAAUCUUGGACUGCAAGAAAGACAUAUGGAAGAGCCAAGAACUGUUUGAACUGGUUGAGGAAUACUUUGAGAACAGUCUGCAAACUUUGGACUUCUGCACUGCAUUGGAAAAGUGCCUCAAGCGUGUUCGCGACAGCCAGCUGCUCAUCCUUGUGGCUCUUCAACAGUUUGAGGAGGAAUCAGGAUUGGAAGACAACCGCUACAUGAGGACAUUGCAAGAAUUUAAGAAUUUCAAGGCUGUUGGUGACCCUUUUACUGAAGAAUUCUUCCAGAUAUUUCAGUCUGUUUACAAACACCAUAUACUCAUGUUUGAGAAGUUGCAACAUAAGAAGAACAAGCUUGAUAAGAAGCUCAAAUACAUCCACUCUUGGAGGAAGGUUUCCAGUAUCAUCUUUGUAGCUACUUUUGCUGCAGUCUUGAUCUGCUCAGUUGUUGCUGCAGCUAUAGCAGCACCACCUGUUGCUGCUGCAAUAGCUGCUGCUACAUCGAUCCCGGUAGGAUCGAUGGGAAAGUGGAUGGACUCCCUCUGGAAGAACUAUGAAAAUGCAUUGAAGGGGCAGAAGGAAGUGAUUAGCUCAAUGCAGGCUGGAACCUAUGUUGCUAUAAAGGACUUGGACAACAUUAGGGUUCUCAUUGGUAGGCUAGAAAUUCAGAUUGAAUCUCUUUUGCAUAAUGUAGAUUUUGCCAUGGAAGAAGGAGACGUGAAGGUUGUAACAGAGCAGAUCAAGAAGAAGCUUGGAGUGUUCAUGAAGAGUGUUGAAGAUUUGGGAGUUCAAGCUGAUAUGUGUAGCCGUGACAUUAGGAGGGCAAGGACUGUGGUCCUGCAGAGGAUCAUAAAGCAUCCCUACAACUGA